AUGGCUGACUUUUAUGAAAUACUCGAAGUUACAAAAACAGCCACAGAAGAUGAAAUCAAAAAAGCAUAUCGACGAUUAGCUCUAAAGUGGCAUCCGGAUAAAAAUCUUACAAAUAAAGCUCAAGCAGAAGAAAAAUUUAAAUUAAUAUCUGAAGCGUAUGAAGUUUUAUCUGAUAGUCGUGGACGAUUUUUAUACGAUCAAUUGGGUCCAUCAAUUGUUUAUAGCGAAAGAACAAACGAAGAACUUGAAGAAUUAUUUCGUACGAUAAUUGUUGAUCAAGAAUUUUCCAAAGUCUGUCAACAAGAAUUGAAACAACACGAAAAAUUUCCUCACAAUAACUCUUCAUCAUUACUCAAUCCAAUAAAUGAAUAUGAUUAUGAAGAAGUUUCAGUAAUUGACAAUGAAAAUGAAUUAAAACCACAUAUUGUUCAUGAAAUAAAUAUGUCUGUUCAUUAUGAUUUCGAAAUUGAUGAAAACAGUUCAGAUUUAAGAUUGAUUAAAAAGUAUUUUAAUAUAAUUAAACAAGAAGAUCAAGAUGUGCCAAAAAAGAAUCGUUUUUCAAAUUUAAAUUUAUCAAAUGAUAUUGAUCGUUUUAUUAAAAUGCAUGAUUAUCUUCAUCAUUCACAACAACAUGAAACAAAAACGAGCAAGCAAGAAUUAAAAAAAACCCAGAAAUCUAUUAUAAAACAACGCGAAACAAACAAAAAUCAAAACAAACCUGCAAUAAUAACAUCAGCAAAUCAAAACAAACCUGCAACAAUAACAUCAACAAAUCAAAACAAACCUACAAUAAUAACAUCAACAAGUCAAAGCAAAUCAAAAAUCACAAAAUCGACAAAUCAAACAGAUGAAUUUGAUUCGGCUGCUUUAGCUCACAUUGUCGAACAACAAUUAGAGGCUGCUCGUCGAGCAGCUUCAAUGAAAAAUUUUAAUCCAAUUCCAAAUCAAUCAGUUCGUAAACAAGCAGUUAAUCGAGCAAAAUUUGUUCAACCACCAAAAUUGAAUUCGAAACCAACAGAACAAAUUUCUCGCCAUCGUAUUGAUCAUAUUGAAUUUCCUAAAACAACUCUCACUCGUUCUUUACGUAAACCAUCAAAUCCCAAUGAUGAAAUCAUUUCGAAACCCGUCGAAUCAAAAACUGAACGACAAAAGCUUUUAUUACUUGAUCAACAAGGAUUAUUAUUAUCUACCAUCGCAUUAGGCGCACGAAAGAUUCCAGAUAAUAUUACAUCGAUUGAAUUACUUGAAGUUCCAAUUAGAAGAAAAAAUGGAAAAGAAUAUCAAGGCUUUCAACUUGUUAGCUUUGAAACGCUUGAUGAUAAUCCUAUUCCUGAAAGUCCUGUUCUUCGCCGUACGAAAUCAAUGAGACAAAAUAAUAAGACAAGCGAAAUACCAAAUAAACGUUUGUCAACAGAUAUUGAUAAUGGAACAUCACAAAACUUCUCUAAAUUAGCUUCGCCGUUGAAAAGUAUCAAACGUAAUAUGCAUCAUAAAAAUGAAACAGCACUUAAUAAUAAACAAGUAUGCAAAGAAGAUAUAAAAGAAGAGAAACGUCGAAAAUACGAUCAAUUAGGUCGUGCUGGUUUAUCGAAUUCCUAUGGUAAUGGUUUUUCAUCUAGCAACAGUUAUGAAGGAUUUUCAGAAGAUUUCCUUAACCAAACAUUUCAAUUUCACAAUCCAUUCGAUAUUUUUGAACAGUUCAUGUCACACUUUGGUAUGGAGGAUGAUUUUGGUUUUGGUGUGAAUCCAUUUGCUAAUUUACAACGGCAUCAAAAUACUCGAAACCCAAACUCGUCUACAUCGAGACAUGCACCACAACAAAUGACAUUGCUCGAUAAUUUCUUUUCUCCGAUGAGAAUGCCUGUAUUUGAUCAUCAAACAUUUGCUCAUGGUUUUGGAGGAAAUAAUUUGGGAACCGUUUCAUCAUUUAAUAUAUCCUAUGGCGGUGGUUCUCAACCAAUAUCAAAAAAAACGACAAAAUCGUCUAAAAUAAUGAAUGGUCGACGCAUAACAACUACAAGAGUGGAAGAAAAUGGCCAAACAAUUGAAAUUGUUGAAGAAGAUGGUCAAAUAAAGUCAAAAAAGGUUAACGGAGUUUUACAAUCUAUUAAAUAA